AUGCGAGCUCGGUACAAGGGCCCUGCCGGUACCGGCAUCCUGGAGAUGUCUGAUGAUGCAACAGUUCAGGCCGUCUUUGACGAACUGCGGGCCAAAUCCGGCAUCGCCAGCUUCAGCAUUAAAUAUGGCCCGCCUAUGGCAAUGAAAACUCUCGAGCUCAGUCAGGGCGAUCAGAAUGCUCGAUCUCUUGGCCUUCAUGGAGAAACUCUCACUAUCGUCCCUGAAGAGGCGCCACCUGCUCCUGAGGUGCCAGCUCACACAGCGGCUGCCCAACACCCCGCCACGACAUCGCGGGCAGCCAAAAAGAACGAGAGCCCAGAGGAUGUUAACGUACCAUGGCCGGAACGUGAAGGCACAUUGUCCUUUGGUGGCGCCUUGCCAAAGCAGAUCCCUGCACAGCAACUGAGGAGGAUGAUGGCGGAUUACAUCGUGGAGCACCCGGAAGACUACUCGGAGGCUGUGCUGGGCAGUUCACCAAGCCAAUAUUGCCGCAGCAUCCAGGACCCUGACCGCUGGGGCGGAGGCAUUGAGCUGAGCAUCUUGUCUUCCAUUUUUGACAUUCAAAUUUGUACUUUUGAUGUCCAGGCCCAAAAUCUCAUCAACUUUGGUGAGGAGAAGAGGGAUCGUUGUAUCCUGGUAUAUUCGGGUAUACACUAUGACAGGGUCGCUUUCAGCUACUCAGAAUACCCCCACGAUGCCCCAUCUCUUCCUCCAGAGAUGGAUCGGACAGUCUGGCCCACAGACGAUGAUGAGGUACUAGAGCAAACCCAUAAGCUGGUGAAGAAGCUCAACGCAGCCCAUUACUACACUGACACAGAGGGCUUGAUCCUCAAAUGCGACGUCCCAGGGUGCGAUUGGAUAGGCAGUGGUCAGCUCGAGGGUCGGAAGCAUGCGGAAUUGACAGGUCACGUUGACUUGAGUGAGAUCCAGGACGAGGGUGACAAUGUGCUUCGCAAGUGCGACACAUUCGGGUGUCAUUUUAUAGGACAGGGGGAUAGGGCGAUGAGGGAGCACACCACAGACACAGCCCACGAGCGCUUCUCUAUUAUUCCAGACUGGUGAAAUGGGUGGAUAUAGUUGAACGGAGUAUAUAUAUGGGCAACAAGAUCAACUGAGUCAUUUGACACACAUUUAUGGCUUAGACUCAAGCGUGAGGAUUCAGGAAAUGCCCAGUCACAUGCCGAAUGGCCAAAUUGAAUGUCUGUUCCCUUGGUGCGACCUUGACUACGCGCCAAGGAAUUUAUUGUUCCUCAUUCUAUUGUACAUGUUGUACAUACAUGGUGGCUGGGUGGUUGCUUAGCCCUGGCAGUGUUUGAUCAGCUGCCCAUGUUGUGGCACAACCCAGAAGGGAGUCAAUCCACAGCUUCCAAGAACCUCUCAGUCUCAAUGCCCAUGUGGUUCCUUGACCUUUUACUGAGUUCCGACGAUUCUGUGCUGAAGACCUGGGUCGAUGAAACGUGACUCCAGCACCUCAACAUUUGAAUUGGUUCAUGGUGCCCAUGCCAGGUUGGUUGCAUUGGCUGGACUUGUCUAUGCCCGCCAACCGGAAAGCGACUCAGUUGGUCUUCUCGGGGAGUUCCCGCCUGGGAACUGAAUCGAUGUUGGCAAGUGACAAAUUGAGGAACUCAUGCUUG